AUGCGCACCUUUGCAGCGAUCGUUCUGUUUGGGCUAGUGGCCGUUGCGUGUGGAGAACUACAUCAUUACAUAACCUACAAAAGCUUCGAUGAAGCUUUCCUAGAAUGUGGCCAAUACUAUGAGGUUAAGGAUUGUGAACUGAAGCAGUACGUUGCCGAGUCCUACCCCAACAAGCCGGAAGUGCGCCGUCUGGUGCGAUGUGCUUUGUUGAAUUUGAAUAGCUGGAACGAUGACACCGGUGUAGUGAAGCAUCAGGUCACCAACUUCUUCAAGCCUUCGCAAUCGGACGAUUGCUACCUGAAUAGAACACUGGUCUGCUUGAACUCCGUACGGGAGAGAUGCGCCCCGAAAGAUGUGAACACCGCCGCUUACGAGUCUUUCGUUUGUUACUACCGUAAUUAUGGAAACUUGGUGUCUGAAGAGCAGUUCUUGCGGCAUGACGCAUUGGAGCAUACCCAAGUUCUGGAUACUGUCUCUGGCUUUUUGGAGCUUUCCCAAGAGACACUGGUAGAGUUCUGCAAGGGUAACAUCCUAAAGAACGAUAAGUUCCCAGCUGUGCUGUACCAAUCCUCGGUGCGUUACGGAUUUUACAAUGUGACCGGUAACGGAGUGCAGCUGGAGCGUCUGUACAACCAAUACGGCAAUCCACAAUUGUUGGCACCGGAAACGCACCAGUGCGUCGAUAAAGUGGCUCAUGAAUACUGCAGCGCAGAUGACGUUACUAUUAUGUACCAGACCCAUGUGCAAUGCUUGGACAGUUUGGUACCAACUGUGAAACUGUUACAAGAAUUUGCCAAGACUCAAGUCUACGACCCAUCUGUCUGUGACUGCACCUCGCCGCAGGUUCAGGUGUACAACGUUCUGUGA